AUGGAUCAUCCCACGAAGAAGGCCAAGAUGAGCUCGGCCGAAGGAACGCUGGUCGUCGGAGUAGACGUCGGAGGUACCAAUACCGACAGUGUCUUGCUCGAUGUUUCCAAGACAAGUUCGGAGGCUGUCGUGGCUUCUCAUAAAGCCUCAACCACAUCCAACGUGACUCUCUCCGUUCAAGCAACCCUAAAGGCUCUGUUGGACAAGUCCAGCGCCGAUCCGGCCAAGAUCACAGCUCUUGCUAUCGGCACUACCCAUUUCCUCAACGCCAUCAUCGAAAGGGAUACUUCUCGCGUGGAGAAGAUCGCAGUCCUUCGCUUAGCUUCUCACCAUUUCUCCACGGGAACGCCGCCCUUCGCCGACUGGCCCAAGGCCCUGAAGCGAAUCAUCAACGGCCACUCGGCGAUUAUUCCAGGAGGCUGCAACAUCGAUGGGACGCUCAUCGGGCCCAUCGAUGAAGCCGCUAUCAGAGAGCAAGCGGCCAUCAUCAAGUCGAAGGGAUUGAAGAACGUCGCCAUCAUCGGGAUCGGUUGCUCGACCGACAAAGACUACCACCAAGAGGACGAGGUUUCUAAGAUCCUUCGGGCUGAGUUGGGCGAAGAUGUCAACAUUGUGCUCUCCCACAACAUCGCCGGUCCCGGCCUCCUAGCCCGCGAGAAUGCCACAAUCCUGAACGCGUCCAUCCUCAACUUCGCGCAACGCACGAUCAGAGCCUUCAUUGGCGCGAUGCGUCGCAUAGGUCUUCAGUGCCCUCUGUACUUGACCUCGAACUCCGGUCACCUGCUGCCGUUUGCCGAGGCGAUGCAAGCCCCGAUCAAAAUCUUCUCCUCCGGAGCCACCAACUCCAUCCGCGGCGCUGCCUUCCUCUCGAAAGAUGAGAUCGACCAGUCUGGCAGCAUCGUUGUUGACAUUGGUGGCACUACUUCCGAUGUGGGCUACCUGCUGAAGAACGGAUACCCUCGGCUGUCCAAGAGCUACACAGAGUUGGCCGGUGUCAAGGUCAACCUGGAGAUGCCCUCUGUGGAGAGCAUCGGCUUGGGUGGUGGUUCGAUCUUGCACGUCAACGAUGAUGGCUCUGUUGCCGUGGGGCCGGACAGCGUCGGCCAUGAUCUCGUGACCAAGGCACUCUGCUUUGGGGGGAACGUAGCUACCGCAACUGACCUCGCGGUUGCAUCCGGCGCAAACAUUGGCAACACUGCCGUGUCGUUGUCAGGCGAUAUUGUCGAGAAGGGCAAAGAGCGCCUUAGGAAGAUGCUCGAGUCGGUCAUCGAUCGCGCGAAGCUUUCAGCCGACCCAUGCACCGUCAUCCUGGUAGGCGGCGGCUCGAUUCUGUGCCCUUCAGAACUCACCGGAGUCAGCAAGGUCGUGCUGCCCGAGCACGCAGGCGUUGCAAACGCCAUCGGUGCCGCUAUCGCGAAGAUUUACGGCUCGGCUGAGACGAUAGUCUACGGCUCAGAUAUCCAAGGAGGCAUCGCAGAAGUCAAAGCAAAAGCCAUCGAGAACGCCGUGGCCCAGGGCGGAGACGCGAGUUCUGUCACAGUGCUCCACGAAGAAGUCGCUGGAGUACCGUACGUGGAGAACCAAACUUCUAUCAAGAUUGAAGUGGCGCUGCCUGCGGAUCAUCAACGGGUGUACUCAGAAAUGAGCAAGACAGCUGCUCCUGACCAGCUGAUCGACGAGGAGAUGUUCGAGGAAACGAAGAAGCACGAGAAGGCAGCUGCCGACGGCACGGACGAGGACGAAGUUGUGGACCUUAAGAACUACCGUCCUCAAGUUGACGCCAGCGGAUUGUGGACACUAUCCGAGACCGACCUCAGAUUUCUGUCCAUCGGCUGUUACAUUCUGGGAUGUGGAGGUGGUGGCUCUCCUUAUGCACCGUACCUCGAGUUGAAGCAACUUCUGACAGAAGGCGAGACGAUGAAGAUUAUCCGGAUUGAGGAUCUGAAGGACGAUGAGAUGAUGCCACCUAUUGCUAGCGUCGGUACACCCGCGGUCAGCAUCGAGCGUCCUGGAGGCCACGGCGUGUGGCAUGCGAUGCAAGAGAUGGAGAAGGAGAUGAAGACUAAGUUUGAGAGGUUGAUCGCCACUGAAAUUGGCGGAGCAAAUGGUGUUGCGACUCUGAUUUGGGGCAGUUCGAAGUAUUACGGCAUUCCCACAGUAGACGGCGAUAUGAUGGGUCGGGCCUACCCUCAAUUUGAGAUGGUGUCCCAAUACAUCCACGCCAAAUCCGUCAACGAGCUACUUCCAGUCACGCUCUGCAGCGGAACGGGCCACAAUGUCGUCAUCCCUGCCACUCAAACCGACGAGACAUCGGCAGGUAUCGCCAUUCGUGAUGCUUGCGUUGCCAUGGGCUCAGCCGCCGGCGCUGCUGGACGUCCCAUCCCCGGAAAGCUAAUGCGUGAGGUCGGCAUACCCAAUACUUACUCGCUGGCCUGGCGCUUGGGACGUGUUGUUGCUUUGGCGCAGCAGGCCGGAACCGUCUCAACGGUCACCAAAGACUUGAUUGAAGCUGCUGGCGGACCCGGUAGUGCAAAGGUCUUAUUCCAGGGCAAGAUCCGCGCGGUCGAGAGCACUCUGACCACCACGGCGCACAGCUUGGGUAAGGUCACCGUCGAGAGGCUCAGCGAGAGCGAGAUGGAGACCGAUACGGACAGAAUUGGCGAGGGGCUGAAGGAGGUUGUUGUUCCGUUCAUGAACGAGAACCUUGGAGUUUUGGGGAAGCUUGAGGAUGGCACUGAGAAGGUCCUUGCCACCGUUCCGGAUUUGAUCUUCCUCCUAGACACCUCGACUGGAGAGGCUAUCGGCGUUCAGGAGUACAGGUAUGGAUUGAAGGUGGCCGUUAUGAUCAUGGCUGGACAUCCGCUCUGGGCAACAGAACGAGCGCUGGAGAUCGCCGGCCCCAAGGUAUUCGGUCUGCCUCACGACUACCAAACCGAGCUGAGCUACACGAAACCUGUCAGUGUCAUCGAUGAAUUCCGACAGAAAGCAUAG